AUGGAAAUUAAGGAUUUUUGUCUGACAGAAAACUUCCAGUUUCUUAACCAGCACAACAGUCUCUUAGAUCCAUCGUUCUCUGACGAGCCUCCUUCACCUACUGAGCAAUGCAUCAAAUCAGAUCCGCUGAGUCCAGUCUUCGCUCUGGACAGUGCCACUCCAUUCAGCCCAGGCAGCACCUCGGACAGCAGCGGUUACAGUUUGUUCUCGCAGGCCCAGUCGAUAACGCCAGACUCACCUAGCUCUAGCAGUGGCAGCGCCGUCAGCACCGUACCAACUCAGUUCAACACAGGACAGUUUCACUCAGAGGAACCACUCGUACCUCCAACAGAUGCCAUCCUAAACUCUGAUUACAUCUCGUCACUGAACUCUGGACCCAAACGGUUGUGCCUGGUAUGCGGUGACUUCGCGUCUGGGUACCACUACGGAGUUGCGUCUUGUGAGGCAUGCAAAGCCUUCUUCAAGAGGACCAUUCAAGGAAACAUUGAGUACACCUGUCCUGUGGUAAACGAGUGUGAAAUCACAAAGAGGAGAAGGAAGUCGUGCCAGGCCUGUCGCUUCCAGAAGUGCCUACGUGCUGGCAUGAUGAGAGAAGGUGUGCGUAUGGACCGAGUGAGGGGAGGGAGACAGAAGUACAAGCGGAGGGUGGACUCUGGCCUUUCAGUCUAUGUCAAACCCCCUUACGCACAACCUGCCAAAUCCAUCCGAAACAAAGUGAUUGCCCAUCUAAUGGUCACAGAGCCAGCCCCACUGUGUGCCACCCCAGACCCCUCCACCCCUGACAGUGACCUCAAAACCCUUCUGACCUUGUGUGACCUCCUCAACCGGGAGCUGCUGGUCAUGAUUGGCUGGGCAAAACAGAUACCAGGCUUUUCCGCACUUUCAUUGGUGGACCAGAUGGCUUUGCUGCAGUCUGGAUGGAUGGAGACUCUCGUUCUGUCGGUAGUCUGGCGUUCUCUGGGCCUUACCGAGGAGCUGCAGUUUGCAGAGAACCUUCGUUUGGAUGAAGAACAGUGCAGAGCUGCUGGUCUGCAUGACCUAUACACAGCACUGCGACACCUGACUAACAAAUAUCAGCAGAUGAAUCUGAGUCAAGAAGAAGCCAUCACUUUGAAGGCUAUGGCUCUGGCCAACUCAGAUGCGGUAAACGUGGAGAAAGCCGAGGCGGUGCAGCAUUUCCAGGACAGUCUGCACGAGGCCCUGCAGGAGUACGAGAGCGGGCAACACCCGGGUGAGCAACACCGCGCGGGCAGACUGCUCAUGACACUUCCCCUGCUACGCCAGACAGCCAACCGUGCCGUCCACUCCUUCUGCCGGCUCCACAUGGAGGGCCGCAUACCCAUGCACAAACUCUUCCUGGAGAUGCUGGAUGCCAAGAUCUAA